GCGGACGUUCGGAUGCGUGGAGAAGAGCACCCAGGUGUCGAAUUUCCGUCACACGCGCCGCAAGAGACGGCCGACCCGCAGUGCCGGCUUCUGCACCUUCCGGGCGAGCUGCUAUCCUCCAUCGUCGCUCGAGUCGCAGCGUCGGCCAGUUGCCCCGCCGACAUCGCAAAUGUGCGACUGAGCUGUCGCACCAUGCGCGCAACGGCGCACGCCCCCGCAACGCUGGCCGCGGCGAGUUCUGCGGCGGUGGAAGUGAGGCUGCGGCAGUGGUGCCCGCACGCGCACCAGUUCUUGCGGGAGUGCUGCGAGGCAGGCAACGCCCCCGCCAGCCACUUCCUCGGCAUGGUGUCCUUCUACUGUCUCGACCUGCACGAGCAAGGCAUGCGGCUACUGGCGCGGGCAGCCAUGGCGGGCCAUGCACCGGCGCUCUACUCCCUCGCAGUCAUGCACUUCAACGCCAGUGGACCGCUCGCCACGCGCCCUCGUGAUCUUCCCACUGCAGUGCAGUUGUGCAUGCGAGCAGCCUCGGCGUGCUACGUGCCUGCUCUACGCGAGCUGGCGCACUGCCUGCAAGACGGCUGCGGCGUGCCACAAGAUCCGCUCACCGCACACCACCUGCUGGCCCAGGCCAACCUCCUGGAAGCCUCUCAAAGGGUAGCAGCAGCAGCGGUAGCAGCAGCAGUGACAGCAACCGCUGCUGCUGGUGCUGCUGGUGCGGCUGUAAAGUCGACAUCAGUGUACGGAUCUGCGGCUUUCGCACCAGCAUCAGCAUCAGCGGCGGGCCCAGUAGCAACGUCAACGGCGACGCGCGUGCUGCUGUCCGAGAUUGCCGGCGCGGAGGGCCCUGAAGCACUCAUGCUCGUGCAGGCAGAGCCGGCAAAGGGCUCAAGAGCACUGGCUCACGCCGGCUCCUCGCUUGAACCCAAGCACUGGCCCUCCGUGGGCGGUGGCAGGCUGGGCGGUGCCGUGGAACUGCGCAGCAGCGGCGUUGCUCCCAUCGGCUCUCGUGUCGGGGAUGCAAGGGAAGGGAGCAUGGCGGUGGAGCACGGGAGAGUGUGUCCCAUGGUUUCCUUCACCGGGGCCAAAGAUCUGGAGAAGGAAAGGCAGGUGCGGGAGGUGGACGAAGUGGAUGGGGAGGGGAUGGAGGAGGAGGGUUGGAUGAGAGGGGAGGAGUGGGGGGUAAUGGGGUCGCCUACGCCCAGUGAGCUUCUGGAACUGCAGGUGGCAGAGGAGAGAUGUCCCACAGACCCCACUCACCGCUUCCUCGUGGACUGGCAUGCUGCUGCUGCGGCGGCGGCUGCUGCUGCUGGUGCGGACAGGUGUGCUGGGAUGAUGGCCGAUGGGCCUGUGCAUUGGGGCGUUGCAGCCCGUGAUGGUGGUGGUGGUGCCAUGCGAAUGGGUGAGAGCAGCAGCGGUGCAGCGCACCUGGAGGAGUGUGGUGACUUGUGCAGAGAGAGAAGUGCAGGGGUGGGUUUGGAUGUUCUUGUGCGCCCACUAGCACUGCCUAAUUCUCAGCACGGCGCAGCAGCUCAGCUUGCCGCGCAUGAUUUUAUGGGCCUUGCAGGAACGACUGGAGAAGGAAUGCCAGUUGCUGCAGCAACAGGAGCAGCAAUGGAAGCACCAGCAGGAGCAGCAUCAGAAGCAGCAGCAUCAGAAGCAGCAGCAGCAGAAGCAGCAGACGAGUUGGCCACUGCAGAAAGCAGGCCAGGCCCAUUUCACUCCUUCCUUUUUUCGUCCCAUCUGCACUCGCUCACCCCUCUGCAGGCCUGCUCUAACCCAAUGUGUGGGCGGAAGGAGAGCAGGCCAGAGGAGUUCAGAUGCUGUGCGGCAUGUGGAGAGGCUCGGUAUUGCUCCCGAGCCUGCCAGGCAGAGGAUUGGGCAGGCGGGCAUCAAGUGGCGUGCACCAUGCUGGCUGCUGCAGUUAUGGCUGUUGCUGAGUCAGAAGGUGCCCCUCUAAGAAUGUCUGGCGUGGUUGGAUAA